CGGGAACCUAACAGGUUGGCGGGCUCGCGGUGGCGAUGGCGUCGCGUCGGGGGGCGCUUAUCGUGCUGGAGGGCGUGGACCGUGCCGGCAAGACCACGCAGGGCCUCAGGCUGGUGACGGCGCUGUGCGCCUCGGGCCACAGAGCCGAGCUGCUGCGUUUCCCCGAAAGGUCAACAGAAAUCGGCAAGCUCCUGAGUUCCUACUUAGAAAAGAAGACAGAGCUGGAGGACCACUCUGUGCACCUGCUCUUCUCCGCAAACCGCUGGGAACAAGUGCCCUUGAUUAAGGAGAAGUUAAACCAGGGUGUGACCCUUGUUUUGGACAGAUACGCCUUUUCUGGGGUUGCCUUCACUGGCGCCAAGGAGAAUUUUUCCCUGGAUUGGUGCAAACAGCCAGACGUGGGCCUUCCCAAACCUGACCUGAUCCUGUUCCUUCAGUUACAAUUGCUGGAAGCUGCCACACGGGGAGAGUUUGGUCUGGAGCGCUAUGAGACUGGGACUUUCCAGGAGCAGGUUCUGCUGUGUUUCCAGCAGCUCAUGAAAGAUAAAAACCUCAACUGGAAGGUGGUUGAUGCUUCCAAAAGCAUUGAGGAUGUUCAUGAAGAAAUCCGGACCCUCUCUGAGGACGCCAUCCGCAGUGCUGCACAUAGUCCACUGGAGGAGCUAUGGAAGUAAACUCAGCUUCAGUGCUGCUACUGUAGAUAGCUUUCUCAGGUUCUUCUGAGGAUGGUGGAAGGCUCACAACACCGUUCAGCAGGAGCUCGUUCUUAGCAGAAGAGACCUACAAACCUCUACUCACAACCUAAGAUUUUGGUGAUACAGACAAGUUGUGCAAUAUCUUCCUCUGUCUACUCCUAAAGGUGUGACAUAUUUCCAUAUAGAACAUUAGUGGCAACUCUGGGUAGUUUCCUUGAUAUCACUAAAAAUAUCAAGCUAGUCAGGAGCCAUGUUUUUUAAAGAAACUAAUAAAAAUUUACUUAAAAGUG